CAUCCCCGCUGCCCCCGCCCCGCGCCCCGCCCCGGUGCCAGCCCGGCGCGGUGGCGGCGGCGGAGGCGCAGCGCUCCCGCCCCCGGUAGCGGCGGCAGCGGCGGCCCCGGCCCGGCCCGCCAUGGCCAAGCAGUACGACGUGCUCUUCCGGCUGCUGCUGCUGGGGGACUCGGGCGUGGGCAAGACCUGCCUGCUCUGCCGCUUCACCGACAACCAGUUCCACCCCGCCCACAUCUCCACCAUCGGCGUUGACUUCAAGAUGAAGACCAUUGAAGUGGAUGGGAUUAAGGUGCGGAUACAGAUCUGGGACACGGCAGGCCAGGAGCGGUACCAGACCAUCACCAAGCAGUACUACCGGCGGGCGCAGGGCAUCUUCCUGGUGUACGACAUCAGCAGCGAGCGCUCCUACCAGCACAUCGUGAAGUGGGCCAGCGACGUGGAUGAGUACGCACCUGACGGCGUCCAGAAAAUCCUCAUCGGGAACAAGGCGGACGAGGAGCACAAGAGGCAAGUGGCCAAAGAGCAAGGGCUGCAGCUGGCCAGGGAGUACGGGAUGGACUUCUACGAGACCAGCGCCUGCAGCAACCUCAACAUCAAAGAGUCCUUCACGCGGCUGACGGAGCUAGUGCUGCAGGCACACCGCAAGGAGCUGGAGGGGCUGCGGGCCCCCCCCCGCACCCCAACCCUGGCCCGCCUGGAGGAGGACGAGCAGCAGCCCCUGGGGAGCGAGGACAGCCCCAAAGCCUGCUGGUGUUGAAGCCUGGGCCCCCCCCGGCCCCCUCCCUGGGCUGUGUUUGGGUGGGGGGCGUGGAGGGUGUGGGAUUGGAGCAGUCCAGAUGGAGGGGGGCACAGUGGGUGCCUGGUGGCAGGGGGCAACCUGGGUAUGGCAGGGGCCGGGCAGGCAUCGCAGGGGUGCCCCCCCAUUCCGGCACUCCUGUUCCCCCUCGGUGUGCAGGGUGGGGUGGGGGGUGUCGUGGGCCCCCACCCCGGUUUUACACAUACAUAUACACACACACACACACGGUUUGCAAAAUAAAGGUGAUGCU